CUUUAAUUGAACUUUUGAGAUUGAGUUAAGUUCUCCUCCUACAGCUUACCCCCUAAUGCGUCGAAAGCCAUAGCGUCGCGAAUACUUCAUCAAUCAACGUGUUUCAAAUUGGGAACGGUAGCUGAGAUUAAGAGCUACAACAUAUCUGAGUUUCGCGACAUUCCAACGGCUAGUUUUCCGUCGACGUCGUUUCUUGUGAAGACGACUUUUCUGUCCAGAAUUUCGGAUUUAUAUUUUGAGUCGCUGUCUCAGCUGCUGGACUACGGCUUCUACCACGCGGACCCGCAUCCUGGAAACUUCCUGCUCACCUAUGAUAACAAGCUCGCGUAUCUGGGGAGACCGCGGUAAAGGCGGGUAGCCACGGCCCACAGG